AUGGGCGGUUUGAAUGCCUUUCAGUGGAUGCUGAAAGAGCGAAAAGUGGGGCCGAAAGAAGGUGCUGCACUUUGGAAAGCCAUGGAUGACCAAGCCUCAGACGCAAAGACACAGUGGAUCGACGAGUUUUCCACCGAAGUUUCUGUGCAGUUCCCACAAGACAUCCAUUCUGUCAUCAUGGUAGUGGGAGGUCCCGAUGGCAUCAAAAAACCCAUCAUGAACGAUCUCAGUGAGAUCCUGUUGACGCCUCAGUCCAAGACUGCUCAUGCCUAUUUGAAGAUCAGGCUGCCAGGAGAUGCCUCAACAACUGGAGGUGGCGUGAGCAACCAAUUAGCCAGUUUGGUGCCGACGUUUGAUCCAUCAAAGGACGACAUGACCAUGUAUCAACAACGAGUUGAACUAGUGCUAGCUGCCUGGCCGAAAAAUCGCAUCCAGGAGCUCAUUACGAGAUUGAUUCUCAACUGUCAAGGAAGUGCUUUUCAAAAGUUACAGCUUAACCACCAUGAGCUGUCCUCAGGCGAUGAGAAGGCCGUGAAGAAGUUGAUUGAGCUUCUUGGAGGCUCAUGGGGACGAAUCGCAUUGCAGAAGCAGUACGAAGAAGCGGAACAAGCCUUGUUCCACUGCAGUCAGAGGUCUGACGAAACCAAUGACAGUUUUUUGGCACGUGCUGACAUUUUGUGGAGCCGUUUGAUGUCAAGAAAGCUGAGUUGGGAAGAUCUGCAAGCGUUUGUGCUGUUGCGUGGCAGUACAUUGUCCCCAGAGGAGAAGAAAAAGGUCAUUCUCGAUGCUGAUAGUUCAUCUACUGGGAAGCUGACGGUGUCUCGAGUCUCAGACGCCAUUAGACUGUUAGGUGCUUCAUUCUUCGGUGACAUGACGGGUCAAAAACGAUCUGCAAAACUGAAGGUUUAUGACAACAAUACAGUACUGGUAGCUGAAGAUGAUGAGUCAACAGAAAACCCAGUCCUUGCAACGGAUGAGAUCGGCGAAGACGAGCUGAUUGAGCAGCUCUUACAAGAAGGAGAUCCAGAUGCAGCCCUUGUCAUAGACUAUGAGGCCACAGCCCAAGAGGUUCUGCAAGAGGACAAUGAUCUUGCAAGUGCCUUUUCAGCCUACCAAGAAGCCCGACAGCGCUUGGCAGAGAAACAGCGUCACCGUGGCCAUUGGAAAGCCGAAUGUCCGCACCGGUCUGAGAAUCAGACGAGUAGUGCCGCAUCCAUGACAACAACCGCAGCCGCCACCACAAGUGUCACGAUGCAAUCCGAUGAGGGUCUGGCCUUAGAGUUCCUGCAAUUGCCUGAGUGUAGCCAGACCGCUCUUGACCAGGCAGUGCAAGCAGUGCAGGAGCAAGAGGUGAAGAACGACCUCGAGUACCUGACCUUGGCGGAUCUGGAGAACGAAGUGGUUUCUUUUGGAGAAGCUCACCUGGGUCAAACAUACACCCAGGCAUGGAGCGACCAAGAGUGGGUGAAGUUUAUGACCGCUCGCUACCAAAAGAGCACGAAGGAAUCCCACAUGAAGUUCCUCCGAUUCGUGGAGUUGAAGAUCGAGAUGAUGGAGGCCGAGAUGAACCAACGCCCAAUGAAGCCAAAGACUCAAGGCCAUGUGGUCUCAAAGGCCAAAUGCCGCCCAGCCGCCAAAGCAGCCACAACAUACACGGUGGUAUCACAUGGAGAGCCCAUCGACAUCUCUUCGCAGGCUGGGGAGGACGAUGGGGUCUACGAGACCGAGAUGUCCUAG